ACGAAGGUUAUGUUUAUCUAUAUACUUGAUGAAGUAGGUAGAUUAUAGUCGUAAUUUUUGUUGUGAUUAUUUUUUUGUGAGACCAACAUAUAGAACUAUUCACCGAAUUAUGUCGGAAAAAGAAAUUAAAACAGUCUUACCAUCUUAUUUAUCAGCUGGACCACAUGGACUAGGCGAUCCUGAUGAUAAACGUCUUCGAACGAGUGAACGUAAAGUGCUCAUACCACAAUUGAUACGAAAACGAUCCAGAGAAGUUAAAUGCUUAGCCGAAGUGCGAGCAUUCGAAAAAUGUGCUAAAGAUAAUGGUUUAUUGGUGACGUUCAAAUGUGGAGAUGUUACCGAUAAACUGAAAGACUGCAUGGCACAUUGGUUUUAUAAUGAAGAUUUCAAUAAAGAAUGUACACAAAUUUAUCUAGAUGAAAGAUCCGAAUAUCGUCGAACCGGCAUUUCGAAAAAACAUAAAGAACAAAUGGCCGCCGAACAACAAGAACAACAUAACACAUAAACAAACAUACGGAUGUACAAACUCAUCAAUUAUUAUGCAAAUAUAGAAGAAUAAAUAGUUAUUUAACGGAAAAAUAAAAAAAUAAAUGAAAACCCGUUUUCUAGUUAUAAUACAA